AUUAAAUGUAACACUAGUUGAUUGAAAAAGGGCAAAUUGAGAGAGACGGAGAAGAGAGGGCCAUCGAACAGAUGACGUGUUACAGCAGGUCCUUGCAUCUUCCGGGUCGGAGUAAACAGUGUGCGGUCUUCUCAUACAAAUCAGAAAAAUGUCGAAAGUAACGUUUAAAAUCACGCUGACGUCGGACCCUCGGUUACCAUAUAAAGUAUUAAGUGUACCCGAGAGCACGCCGUUCACUGCAGUUUUGAAAUUUGCAGCAGAAGAGUUUAAAGUGCCAGCAGCCACCAGUGCCAUCAUUACAAACGAUGGCAUCGGAAUCAACCCGGCGCAGACAGCAGGAAAUGUGUUCCUGAAACACGGCUCGGAGCUACGAAUCAUUCCCAGAGAUCGGGUUGGAGGAGGUCGCCGACCCAGGAUUUGACUAUCUGGCGUUUUUCUGUCACAGACAAUAAACAUACUUGCGUAUUUAUUGUCCAGCCCUGAGGUGUCAACUCUCAGCUACUCAGGCACUGCUAUGGCUCCAAGUCUGUCAGAGGACCUCUCAAAUCUCACAGAGCUGCCAUCAUUUCCCCCGUUUCCAACAUAUAAACACACUGGACAUUGUCGUUUUUGCCCCAGAAUUUCAAACCAGUAGGUAUUUUGAUCUUUCACAAAAUGUUCCAGCUGUAUAGUUUAAGAUCACAUACUUAAUGUGUUUGUAAUGCAUAUUUUUAUAGUCAAUUUAAUGACUUAAAUAGAUCAUGUUUGUCAAAUGAAUCACUUUUUCUUUACAUUUGUUUUAUGGUCCCAUUGUUUUGAGCUCUGCAUUGUUAUUAUAGGCAGAUAAUGACAAUGUCACCGUGAUGAAAGUCCAUCAGUUGUGUAUCUCUGUAACUAUACAAACUAUAGUAUGGUUAAAGAAGCUCUAAAUAUAAUAAACUGAGCAAUUCACAAUAUACUUACUAUGUAAAAAAUAACUCCACCAUAGUUAUUAAAAAUUGCAAUGUUACAUAAACCAAAUUGAUGUCAAAGCUGCUUUUUGUAGUUUUCUUGGUCACUCAAUUCAGCGGCUGUGUGCCUUUUCAUUAAGGCUUAAAAUCGUGACUGACUUCAAGAGCUGAACAGUACAUCAGGCUAAUGAAUGAUAGGCCUCUACCUUUGCUUUUACACCCUCCACUUACCCUCCUCUUACAUUAUUGCCAUGCGUAGGAGAAGGGUCUGACUAUUCAGAGUCAUAAUGGAUCUUUCGUUUGUUUUAAUAAAAGCAGGCAUGCUGUGCCCUUUCCAUGCCAGUCAUUACUGGGAAAAGGGGAGAAGUGCAUUAUAAAUACAGCAAGGCCAACAUUAUUCAAACACAGACAUGUUACUCUGGGUCACAUUUGAAAAGACAUCGCUUGUCUCCAGCCUCAUUUGGCAGGAAAUGAUGCGGUUUGUUCAUUAGCCGUGGAAGAAGCUGUCCUUUUACGAAACCGAAUGAGGUUGCCCGUAUAACAAAUGUCAAACUGAAAAGUAAAAAAGUUACAAGUACACUUCUGAGUGUUCAUGUCAUAAACAUUAAAGAAAGCAUUUAAUACCAAA